AUGGGCGAAUCGGAGACGAGAGCCGCGUUCUCCGGUGAUUUUCACACCGCUGGUAACUUUUUCCCCUUUCGGCCUGACAGAAAAUUGUCUCUUCACUUCCAGAACUGCUGUACAUGCCCAUGUGGGGCAGCUUGGCAAUCGUGACUCUGUUCUUCAUCGGAGUUCUUCUCACGUAUAUCAUCUCGAUCAAAGUAAGCAUCCUAUGUGAACAGAAAAACAGAAGGAAACUUGAUAGUUCAUGUUGCAGAAGUCACUGCGCAGACCCGUCAAACCAAUAUUGUCGCUGAUCGAACAAAGGUGAGUUAUGUUAUGCAACACUUUUUUGACAAAUUGACCGGCUUUUGUUGCAGACAAGUUCUAGCCGGUGCAAGGCGAGACAACAUUCGGCUCGUGGAGGAAAAUCUGGUUUUAUAAGUGAAUUUUGACUCUAUUAAGUGAACGUUUGGUAAAUGAAUUUGAUUCUUUUUCACUUUCUUUUUCUUGAAUCCGUUUUGUUCAGAUGUCAUUGUCUUCCAAGAGUAAUACAGUAGGUUCCGACCAAUCAGAGCGGGAGGCAGAAAGUGUCGUUGCUCUUGUUAUCAUUCGCUCGAAAUUGAAAUAGCACGACGCGUUUAGUUCAGUUUUGAUGUCAUUGAAACGUUUUCUCAACUUCAUUCAGUAAUCGGAUUAACAUUCUCUCUGAAUUUUGAUUUACAGUAUCCCAAAUGGAUUUUUCGGGAUUUCCAUCCUUCAUCGAGAUAGUUUUCGGCUACUUUUUUCCGUUUCUGUUCCUGCAAUGCCUACUCAAUCGUUUUAAGUACUUGGAACAGGUUAGCAAUUUUUAACUGAUUCGUACAAUUUGUAAUAACCCGCACGUUUUCGUUUUCAGGAGAGACUGGAGAGACUGCAGAGACGUGGAUGGAUCAAUCAGGAUGAACACGUGGUCGAGCUGGAACCGCAGAAUCAGAACAACAAUACCUACAAGUUGGACCUCAUCAUCUGCAAAAUAGGAAUCACUUUCGGUCAACCGGAGCAGUAA